AUGGUCAAGUCAUCAAUAGGCAGCAACUUCCAUCGACGCAGCGGCGACGACGAGAGGCGAGGCGUCUUCAGCAAACUCCCGCCUCUCCUUAUACCGAACAGCCUUCGACGAUUGACAAGCCCGCGACAUGAUUCGAAAGAUGCAACUCCACUCAAAUCCAGUACGUCGAGUGCAAUAGUCGGGAUUGGAUCAGUUCUGGCACAGGUUCCAUCAAACCCGUCAACCACAAGCUUCCAUCAAGGCUCCUCAGCGGCCACCAGCACAACUCCUACGUCGGCUCUUCCUUUGUCAGCAUUAAGCCCGUUCGCGAGCACUCGUAACAGCGGCAGCACCCCUCUCACAACACCGGGUAGUGGACGCCCUGGUACGAUCAACUUCGACACUCGGCCCGGUAUUCUUCCUGACGCAUCUCCAGGCAAGGCGUACUUUCCUAUAGUCCAUGCCGUGCCGGACAGUCAGGCGAAGGUGAUCACAUGGGAAGAACGAAAGUACAAUACUUCAAGAAGGCAGUCAGGCUCCGAAGACGAGCCUGUUCUCAUGCAGAGAUGUAGUAACACUUCUGAUGCGGGUACGGGGCCCAGAAUCUAUGACGCUUCACUCAAUAGAGUGGAAGUUGACGAUAUCUCAGAUGAUGAGAAAAGGCCAAUUCAGGACCAGCAGCGGUUGCAGGCCACGUCAUUGAGACUGAAAGAUAGCCGUACGAGGAGCAACGAGCAAGAAAAGGACAAGAAGACGCAGAGCCCACCAAUCAGUUGGGAUCCCAGCGACCCUGGACAUGAUACUUGGAAUGAAUCUGGAAGGGACGAAAAGUGGCAACAGCGAAGUCAGCUGUUCUCGAAUCUUUCAGCGUUCAACCUGCGCAAUGCUCAGAAACGCAAGAGCCCACCGCCCAAGCAAGAUAUUGGACCCUUGUGUGAAGGUCUAGAUCCGACGAACGAUCCGACGACACUCAAGGAUGCUGGCGGGCUGACAACGAAAACUGAUGAUAGAUCUGAGACAACGGCCAAGUCAGACGCUGCCAUGCCUGCCGCAUCACUCAAAGCAAGAUCGCUCUCGGAGAAAUCAGAUGGAGACGUGCCUCCAGAGACGCCAAGAGUUGUUGUGUCUGUGCCAAAUGAGAAUCAUCCUCGCUUUGCAGUCGCAAUGCCGAGCUCUGACACGACCGAUCUCAACGCACAGGACGGUCAGGAAGACGGACAAAGUCUCUUCGAUCUCUCAGACACCAGCUCAGAGACCUCAUCCGACGAGGAACUCGCAAACGAAGAUGAAGAUGCAGGCGAAGACGAACAUGAUGAAGAGCUCGAAGCCAUCAGCCCCCUCCCCAACGACGAAAACACCCUAACCCCCUUCCCAAGGCUCGCCUCAAACCCCAUCGCCGUCUCCAUGAACUCCCGCACCGGCAAGGACUCCCUCCGCGCAUCCUCCGUCCUCCGCCGCACAUCCAGCACCUCCGCCGCCAUGCGGCCCGUGCGCAGCCGAGGUGAAUUGAUCGGUCUUGAAGACUGCUCGCAGAGCCCUAUGGUGCUUGCGGCUGGGUUUGAGAAGAAGCCGAGGUCUGGGGGUUUGACGACGGGGAAUGAGGGGAAUCAGAGGGAGUGUUUUGUUUAUAGGGCGAGUGGGGAUGUGGGGAGGGAGGUUUGGGAGGCCGUCUUGGACCACACGCAACCAUUUUACGGCGAAGACGAGCUUACCAUAGGGAGCGACAAGUUUGCACACGGAGGAACUGGCUUCGUUGUCUCCCGUCCUGCUCUGCAAACAGUCGUCGACUUCUAUGCUGCGCACAAGGCUGAAGUUGAGGCAAAGUCUUCUUGGACGCCAGAGUUUCCAAUGACCGAUAUCUUCCCUACCAUGCAAGGCGAGCAUCCUGGAUUCGUGACGUACGGUAACCCUGAUAGCGAGGCGGUGCCUGAGGAGGCUUGGAUGAUUUGGUGCUCCCCGGCAAUCUCGUACCACCAUAUGUCAGUCAAUGUUGUGGAGAAGCUUUGGCGGUUCGAACAACGAUGGUCGGAUGACCGAAUUCCGACUAGGCAUACCGCUGCAUCUGGCUGGAUUACCGAGCGUGUCGAGAGGUUUGAACAGCAGAUGCGUCGUUGUUCUGAUGACGACUCCGCUUUGGUGCGAGGGGGUUAG